AUGUCUUCUCUUUUCAACAUAAGGACACAAGCCGCAGAAAUGAUAGACAGAUUACGAAUGAAUGGAUACAUACGUGAAACACUUCUUUCUUUCUUUCUUUCUUUCUUUUUCUUUCUUUCUUUUUUCUUUUUCUUUCUUUAUUUCUUUCUUUUUUUUUUCUUUCUUUUUUUUUUUUCUUUUUUUUUUUUCUUUCUUUUUUUUUUUUUCUUUCUUUCUUUUAUCUUUCUUUCUUUUCUUUUUUUUUCUUUUUCUUUCUUUUUUUUUCUUUUUUUUUCUUUUUCUUUUCUUUCUUUCUUUUUCUUUCUUUUUUCUUUUCUUUCUUUUUUCUUUCUUUUUUCUUUUUUUCUUUCUUUUUUUUCUUUUUUUCCUUUUUUUUUCUUUCUUUCUUUCUUUCUUUCUUUUUUUUAUUUCUUUUCUUUUUUCUUUUUUUUUCUUUUCUUUUUUUUUUUUUCUUUCUUUCUUUUUUCUUUCUUUCUUUUUUCUUUCUUUCUUUCUUUCUUUCUUUUUUUCUUUCUUUCGCUGCGAUCCUACAAUGUCUUAAAUUGUGUUCAUUCUUUCAAUCAUUCUGUCAGUUUUUCUUUUUCCGCUCUCUUCAUCCUUUUACCCAUUCCUUUCUUUCUUUUUCUUUUUCGCUUUCUUUCCUUAUUUUUUUUUUUUUUUUCGUUCUUUCUUAUUCCUAGCUGCCCUAUAAUGUCUCAGACUGUGUUCAUUCUUUCACUCAUACUAUUUUUUUCUAUCUAUCUAUCUAUCUAUCUAUCUAUCUAUCUAUCUAUCUAUCUAUCUAUAUAUAUAUAUAUAUAA